AUGCGCUCCUCCAUCCUUACCCUCGCUUUCUCGGCUGCUGCUCUUGCCCAGCACUCUGCGUCUCCUAGUGAGGUGUCUAACCCCGCUACCCAGUACCUCACUGAGACCAACUCGCUGGGUGCCGUGACCGGCCAGCCGGAGGUGGUGACCUCUCAGCCCGCUGUUGUCACUUCUCAGCCCGCCGUGGUGACUUCGCAACACCCUGCUGCCUCUCUGCCUGCUGGCGUUUCCAGCAUCCCGGUCCAGGUGCCCUCUGCUAGCAGCUUCGUUACCGUGGCCAGCUCCAAGGCUGCCGCCUCUUCUUCUCAAGCGAGCGCCUCCGCUACUAGCAGCUCGAGCAGCUCUGACACCACUACUGCGUCCAGCAGCUCUGAGACUGGCUCCUCUUCUUCCUCUUCUUCUUCUUCCAAGCCUAAGUCUUCUUCCUCUUCGGCCGGUGCUGCCAUGGCCACCGCUGGUCCUCUUGGCGUUGGCCUCGUCGCCGGUGCCGCCGUCGCUGCCCUCCUGUGA